UGGCCUGGCCGCGCGCGCGGGCGCCAACGCCGAGCACCCGCCGGGCGGAAGCGGGCCCCGCGGGGUGCGCGGCGUGUACGCGAAGCGGACUUUUAAAGGGAUGGUCUCCACCCGGGACUGUUUGUCCGCGGGGACUGCUGAUGGUGAGGGCUGGAUGGCCCCAGGAGUAGGUACCCAGGAAGUAGAGGAAAAGCAGGGCUAUGUGACCCCUCCCAGAGCAUUCUGCCAUCUCCCUACCCCACCGGGGUGCCCAGCCAUGGCCAGACCACCCUCUCUGGGCUCGGUGAUUGUCCCAGACUGGCAUGAAAGCGCCGAGGGUAAGGAGUACCUGGCCUGCAUCCUGCGCAAAAGCCGCCGGCGGGUGUUCGGGCUGCUCGAACGACCAGUGCUGCCCCCGUCUGUGGCCAUUGACACGGCCAGCUACAAGAUCUUCGUGUCUGGGAAGAGUGGUGUGGGCAAGACAGCACUGGUGGCCAAGCUGGCCGGCCUAGAGGUGCCCGUGGUACACCACGAGACCCCUGGCAUCCAGACUACUGUGGUGUUUUGGCCAGCCAAGCUGCAGGCCAGCAACCGUGUCGUCAUGUUCCGUUUUGAGUUCUGGGACUGCGGGGAGUCUGCGCUCAAAAAGUUCGACCACAUGCUACCGGCUUGCAAGGAGAAGACAGAUGCUUUCCUCUUCCUCUUCUCUUUCACUGACCGAGCCUCCUUUGAAGACCUUCCUGGACAGCUGGCCCGUAUAGCAGGUGAGGCCCCUGGUGUCGUCAGAAUGGUCAUCGGCUCCAAAUUUGACCAGUACAUGCACACGGACGUGCCUGAGCGUGAGCUCACGGCCUUCCGGCAGGCCUGGGAACUGCCCCUCCUGCGGGUGAAGAGUGUGCCCGGGCGGCGCCUGGCAGACGGGCGCACGCUGGAUGGGCGGGCUGGGCUGGCUGACAUUGCUCACGUGCUCAAUGGCCUGGCGGAGCAGCUGUGGCACCAGGACCAGGUGGCAGCUGGCCUACUCCCCAACACUCCAGACAAUACCCCCAGCUGAGGCGUGGUGGCAUCAUGAGUAGGCACCUGUGAUCCCUACUCCUGACCCUCAGGUGACCUAGGGAAGAGGGCAGGACCCAGGGCCCAGGGCUGGGGCAGAGUAUUGAUCUCAUCCUGAGGACUGGUCAGGGAGGACGGUGGCCUGCGAAGCCUCCUGGCCCAGCAGCGCUUUCCUCGCAGAAUCCGUGGCAGUGAGGCGGGGCACAACGCCCUCUGAGGCUCCCUGCCCUUCUUCCUCGGCCCUGGGGCUCUAGGCUCUGGAAACUGAGGAGCUGCAUGGGCAGGGCCCCAGGACUCAAGUAUCUCCCCCAACCUCCUGCUGCCCAUCCCUUCUGCAGCACCCAAGGAGGGUGACUGGGGAGAGGGGUUAUCUCAGCCGGGCCCUGGACCUCAAGUGACUUCAAUCAAGAGCCUAUAUUUGUUGCAUUAACACCAUCUGAUGUACCAGAUAAACCCUGAAAUCUCA